GACCCACACGCACAGGCUCAUGCACAAUGCAGUCUCCUGAGUCCUGACUUUGACAUCUGCAUGUUAGUAGAGCUGCCGUAGUUGGAAGGUUCUUCAAAGUUCAGCAUUUUGAUUGUUGGACUUUAUAUGCAGAGAAGCAGCUGGGUUGGGAAAGGAAGACGGCUUCCCUCAGGUACGGUGGCCUUCUGUCCACGGUUUCUAUUUGCCAGUGAGCCUUUCCAAACCGCAGAUCUCACUCCUCACAAGCACAAUGGCGCCUUUCCCCCCCCGUUUCCUGCUGCUGCUAGUUGCUGCAUUGCUGCCAAUGUGCCACCUGGCAGAGGCCGGACGCGGGCUCCUCCAAGCGCCGCUCGUGAAGGACGUCUCGGAGUUCUGCUCUGUUCAGCGACGGGCCUUCCGCUUUUUCACCCAUCUUUUCCCCGACCAAUUGGCCCGUGGAGUCCAGAUAGACUACUGCCAAAACCUUUACCCCAACUUGGGAACAGUCACAGGCACCACCACGGAAACCGCGCUGCCCGGCGGCGGCCGCUUUGUCCAGGUGUCAAUCACCGCGACAAACGUGUUCGCGGUCGCUUUCCUUAACGACGCCAAUAACAACCGGACGUUGCCGCUGCUGGGUGCUGACGUCAGCGUCGGGGACCAGGAUCUUGAUCAACUGACCCCAGAGCAAUUCAACCUGGUGACUGCACGUGGCAGCGCCACGUACAACCCGAGUUUCAUUCAGCUUGACGUGCCAGUUGGCUCGCCGUUCCCGUCCCUGCUGGACUUGGACGCCAACAUCGACGACCUUCGCGGCGUGGUCACCGGUCCAAUCCGCCAAAACAGUUACCAGAACGUCGCCGUUGGCACUCCCGGAGAGAUCACCGUCGCCCAAGUCAGCGUGGCCCCGACCGUCGAAGGCGAACUGCCACCCUUCAUCACCGAGAAUGUGGAUCUUGCUGUGCUUUCGCCCAACCCAGCCCUACAAGAGCAGGUGCAAGCGCUUCUCGCCCAGAUCACAACCGUCCCUGUAGAGGCGCAGUUCAGCCUUGUCGAUCUUGAACCUUUCCCGACCAGUCCCCCCGGGGAAACCUGCGACCCGUCCUCCAAUCUCCCCAACCAGUGCUACGACGCAAGCGGAACCGUCUUCGUUUGCUGCACCGGUGCGUGCGGCCCCAACCUUGCUGGCGACCCGCAGUGCGCGUAACCGCUGAAGGUUACGGUUGAGAUUAAGAUUCUAGCGGUCUCUGCCUGGUCGCGCCAAUGGUUGCCGAGUUUCUCAAAGGGUCUUCUGUUAGUGAAUGGCAUGAGGUUAUCAUGCAACAGAGCAUCAAGACAAUAAAUGGAGGCCCUUGGAUCCCCGCGUGAGCCUUGACAGGUGGCACGUACCGUUGCAUUUGAUGCAACUGACACAUUGAGACGUGAAAGUGGUCUUAGGUGAUUUUCGACGUUUCAAUAGCGCCGGAGUAAAAUUUGCCAAUUAAGGUCUGCCAGUGGAUAACGUAGGCAAUUGGUUUAUAUAUAGAGUGCCCGGCGCGAACUGUAGCUCGGCAGACUGCGCAAACUGCCGAGGUGGCAACACCUGAUUCCGUGAAGAGUGUUUUACUAGUGCCAAGACCGGAUUGGAACAGCCAAAAGCCAUUCUCCGUCAAGCUAGUACAAUCCUUCGAUCCAUCCUCGACCGUCACGGGGU